AUGCCUCGUGAUGCCGGCCCCCGCAAGCCCACCCUCAAGCAGCUGGCGAAGCAGAAAGCGAAGGACAUCAAGACCCGGGAGCGCAACGAGGCGACGUUCGCAUCCGCCGUUCAGCACUCCAAAAGCACCAUACUCGACGUGGACAUGCGGUUCAUUCAAGACACGCUGACCCAGAACCCGACUUGGAUUUCUCCACUCGCUGGUCUGAUCCGCUCGGGCUCGUUGAAUGGUCUUCUGAAGGACGUUGCCAAGAAGGAGGAGACCGGUGGACUGAGAUGGAAGGGCAAGUGCACCAAAUGGGGCAGUUUGCCGCUUGAGAUGGCGAGCUUAAUGCUCAAGCAUUGCGGUGUGGAGCUCGCGGAGGACGUACAGAAGGACGAACCCGUCGUACGGACCCUCUUCGAGAUCCAGUUCUGGGCAGCCAAGUCGGCGUCCUUGCCAUCUCGUGCGGACAUUCGCUAUCAGUCCACGUUGGUCAAGUUAGCGAGGGCCCGCAUGGAGGACGUUGGUCGCAACUACAUAGCUGCGGUGAACUCGGCGGAGGCUAUCAGUGUUGACCGGGACAGGUACAACAUCUGGUCACUUGAGAACAACACGUUGUACUGCCACGUCUUUGCCACACAAGAUGGACACCCUCGCCGUUCCCGCUCGGAGUUCGUACCCAACGAGUCGUACCUCAGCCACGAGCUUCCUACUCUCCCGGACAACAAGACGUGGCAAUUGGACGACCCUUUUGCGGUGGACUGUGUCAUUUCAGAUGGACAGCAUAACUCGUUGUUCAGUUUUGAAUGCGCGAGUUUCUUUCCUACUUUGCCGGACAUGAAGGCCAAGUGGACCUUCGACUUGUCGUCGGACGCAGACACCACGGACGCUCUGAAAAAAGAGAUCGAGUCGCACUUUCUCCAGAGUUCGUUCUCCCUCCUCAAGCAGCAGGAGCACGCUGCAAACGCCGAGAAGAAGGGCACCAAACGAAAGGCAUCCUCGCAGCAGAUGCAGGACGACAUGGAGGACGACAACGAGCAAGCGGACAAUGAGGAGCACACGGGUGACCAGAUGGAAGAGGUAGCAGCUGGACGAAGCACACGUUGUACAGAGUUUGCCACGUCGAGCUUUGCAACGAUUGUUCUUUUGCAUCAAUGGCACCAGGGUAUGCGCAAAGAUGCCAAAUGGAAGAAGCCGGCAGAGGAGGUAUCCAAGCUGGCCGGGGAGUUGCUUCAAGGCCUCGCUUCCUUGUUCCUGCAGACCCCGCAGGACUUCUCAUUCACGUGGGACGGAAACACUCUGGUGCUGCCGUUCAAAGGAGGUUCGCUGGACGUGGACGAGGUUGUACUGCAAAACAGUUUACUUGCUAAAGUACUACACCGCGAUCGUUCCCGAUUCAUGGACGUGCUGCAGGAUGUGAAUGUGGACUGCACCCGUCGGACAAUUGGAGACACUCGCAAGUCAUCUAGUUUGAGGACGAAGUACUACUUGUUGGCGGCUUUGGCACGUGCCAUGGAUUCGUCGGACGACACGCAUUCCUGCUGGACAUCUUUGAAUGUGAAGCAAGUGAUGCAGCUUAGGAGCACCUCCGGAUAUCGUCGGUCGUCCACGAGUUUUCGACAAGAGGUUGCGAGUUCAUCGAAUGCCACACGCAGGACACUUACCUCCACAUUGCAAGGACAUGCGUUCACCGUGCAGGACAGCAGCGAACAGCAGGACGAACAAAAGAUCAAGAAGCACGCUUCUAUGGACGCACACAGGCUAGCACGCAUGGAGCGAUACGCCUAUGUCACGCAGGGCAAGUCAGAUUUCCUCUCGACGGACAUUUUGUGCGUGGUGGUCCAGAAAUCGUCCGUCUUGUCGGCUGAGCAGUGGAAAGCUAUGUGGAACAAGGCUUCCAAGAAGUUCCUCGGGAUCGAGAAACCCGUUGGACCUGGUCAUGCGGAGGACCGGCUGGCCACACUGUCUUGGAUGCAGGACAUAAACCACGGCUUGCGACCCAUUGGCUGGACUUUUGGCUGCUGCCAGAGCACGCCGGCCGGCCCCGCGGAGGACGACACGAAGGCUAAACGUGCACCGAUCAUGAUUUUGUGCACCGACCAAGAAGCAACACAGCUGGCGGCUGUCUCCUUCUUGAGGAACAAAAAGAGCCUCUGGAUCGAACACGUCUCGGACCCCGCCCACAGGUCGCACAACGACGUGGCUUUGGCCUUGUCGGCCGCUGGACUCCUGAAGUUCUGCACAUGGUGCAUCUCGCUGUACAACAUCAGGUAUGGACCCUGGCAGAAGGGCUCGUGGGCGUUGAAGAUCCAGCAAGCCGCAAAUCGCAUGAAGGACAACAUGGACCCCUCGGACCCGAUAUUGCUCCUUUUCUUCCCGGACAUUCUGCUGGACGCCGGCCUCUCCCCCCUGGACGACAACACGGAGGAGAAACGCAGGUCGUUUUUGCAGACAUUACCCGACAUGGACUGCAUCCGCAUCAAGGGCACGAAGGCCAGCAAGAGUCGGUUCAAUUCCCUGACGACGGCCCACAGCGCGCUGGACAAAGAGUGGUCGGUCUUGGCUUUAGUUCUCACGGUGGUCUGCUUGGAGCACAACUGGGCAGUUUCCACUAAGGACCUCUUCUCGCAGGACAGCAACCAGGCCCGUGCCUCGGUUCCAUAUGGUGGAAGCAAGUCUUCUGCCAUACAGGAGGCCAAGCAAGGCAUGGACCAGGAGCGGAAGGGCAGCGCGAACAGUCUACACUUAAUGACGAAGUUCGUGAUCUCGCAGGACAACAAGACGACAGCCAGGAUGAUGUUCCAGGUCUUGCAACCCGAAGAGCUUCGUUGUUCGCUCAUGCUCAAGCAGCUGCGUUCCAAAGGCAUGACGAAGGACUACUACUCUGGCUGGGCACACUGGUCUUGGAUGAGCACUGCAAAGGACCACGUCAGGACUUUGUCGAAUUUGGAAGGUUUAUCUCGUGUCGGCCUCGACCUGACACUGGCACGCGCACAACCCCCGGAGGAGACAGAGCUUGUCUGGCAGGACUCGCUCGCAGGCCAAAUGACGCAGUUGACACUACAGAUCCUGCGGCUGCGGGCCGGGGCACAGCUGUACCAUACUGGAGGUUUCGGUGCGACCGCAGGACUAGUCCAUGCUGAAGAGCAGUUCCGUCGGGCAAGCUUGGAUUUUUUCAAAGAGAUGCAGUCUUGUAUCCAGGACACGCACAGUGGUGGUUCUCGUAUGGCAAAAAAAUUGCUCGAAGGUCAUUUCUCCCAAGGGCCGAUUAGUCGGUACAUCCUCGCCGAUCUUUGCACUACCCGGUUUCAGAGCCUUACGGAGGACGUUGCACACGUAUUGACCAGCAUUUGGUCGGGCCUCUUGAACACGAAGAUCAUCGAAGACUGUAAUAAAGUCCAGCGCGAGGCCGAGCAACGACAUUCGUCUUCGAAGGACUUGGGUCGUUUGGACGGAUGGAAGGCUGUGACCCAACAGGCCGUGGUCAAGAUGUACGAGAGGGUGGAGGCACUGUCAACGGAGCUCUACCACACGCCGGCAGCGUUUGACGUGGCCAAACUUUUCUGCAAAGACACCGAGAAGAAGAAGAUUCAAGCAGUUCGUCGUCGUUCCGAUUCGUCGGUCAGCACGCAGGUCAGUGCCUCGGAGGUGCAGGAAGCACAGCUUCUUGCAGACGUGACGAAGACGAGGGACUGGGUCUCCCACAACCACGCCGAGGAACAGGAGGUUUUGGCUGCCUUCAGUUUACUGAUGAAGGCGUGGAGGGCCAAGCGAUGGUCGCUUUGUGAAGAAGGUUGGUGCUCUGGACUUUUGCCCGAAGGACAUGUUGUACUGGCAGGUGCAGCCCCGUUGUUCAUCGUUCGGACAUACCGUUUGGCUGCACUCGCAUGGCCCGGCAAGAUCGUUAAGGACAAGGACCAUGAGUUUUUCGAAUUCAACAUGGGCGUUCGGUCUCUCUUUUGGAUGCACAGCACAUCUUUGGACUUGGAAGUGUUGCGGCUGCGAGUUGUUUCACCUCUGCGUCGUUCCACGCAGGGCAGCCACCUCAACAACGGCAUCGUGUUUUUGGUGGACAAGAAGAUGGGCACGUUGGACUUUCACGCCGAGCAGGGUGUGGACGCAGGACAUCAGCUGGCUGUUGCCGCCAUGCUCAACAUGGACAACUCGUUGGUCGAAGAGGACGUGGUUCAACGAAUCCUGGCAAGGCAUCAGACUGACAAGUGGAUGCCGGAGGUCGACGACAAGGACUUGGAAGCCGUCGUUCGGGACACGCUGCUCAUUGGCGAGCAGGACAAGGUAUGCACGAUGUACAAGAACGCCGUCUCGGACCUGGACAAGGACUUUUGGAAGGCCGGACAGGACACACGCCGACGCAAGACUCAGAAGGCCGAGAAGGACAGCAAAAAGCUAAAGCAGCAGUACGACCGGGUGUACGCAAAGCUGAAUGCCACGACGGACGAGCUUGUGAAGAGCAUGGUUCCUGAUACUGUACAGGUUUGGACGGACCCAAAGAAUGGUCGUUGGAAGGUGUCCUACAAGACAGCUGUAGUUGGUCAUGGGUGGAGCACCACGAAGGACGUGAUCCACCCGAAAACUUGCAGGCACAACCGAAAGGACCUCCGUGACGAGUACACACGCAAGGCCAGGCAGGGCUACCAGGAGAAUCGGGUCCAACGCGAAGAAUUUCGACAGGCCAAACACACGGAAGUUCCCCCCGCUUCGUUCAUGGACAGAGAACUGCCGGACGUCGCAGAGUCGCAGGACUUCGACGGUCGUGGCAUUUUUCGCUACACGGCCGAGGACCCACUGGUGCAGGAGAAACAUAUGGGUCGCGGCACGUACGGGGAGAUUUUCGCUUGCACGUACCAGGGCCUGAAGUUAGCCUUGAAAGUGGCCGUUCGCACGCCGGACAGGGAGACUGCACUGUUGGACGUGCACCAAGACGGUCUCGAAAAGACGUGGGACUUGACCCGUGAGUUCACUCUUUUGAGCCAGGUAGGACCUCAUCCGAAUGUUCUGCGACUCUAUGCCUUGCUGACAUCCUCGACUGGGCACACGGGAAUUCUAAUGGAGCGGGCUUCCUGCGACCUCUUGAAGGCCACACGGGACUUGAAGACGGACGACCUUCAGGACGGAGUUCCCUGGAGCACACGACGAGCCCAAGUAACGACGUACUUUCGGCAGACACUCGCAGCUCUUACAUUUGUGCACAGCAAAAACAUCGUACAUUUGGACGUGAAAACGAACAACUUCCUCGUGUUUCUCCUCGGCGAGCGGGUGGUGCUGUCCGACUUUGGUUUUUGCCGAGCUUUGCCACUCAAUGGAAAAGCAAAAGUCAGAGCUGACGAAGUCUACACGACGUACUACCGGCCGAUCGAGUGCCUUUACUCCGGGGACGGCAAGGUGGAGAUCGGCCCGAAGGCGGACAUGUGGGCACUCGGUGUGGUGACGUGGGAUUGCUACGCGAAGACGACACGCUCGCUGUUCACUCCCGACCCGAAGGGCUUCGUCAAGCACACGCCGACCAUCUCACAAGCGCUCGUUCGUUUCCAGACUGCAUGGCGCGAGAGAGCACGCGACCUGCACUUGCUGGACGACGACAUCGCUGCACACGUUUUCGGUUCAUGCUUCACAUUGGAGCAGGACAGGCGCAGCUCAGUCGAUUUGUUGAAGGAUUUGCAGGGCCGUUUCACGAGGACAAUUCAGUCGCUGGACGAAGAAGAGGAGCCGUAG